AUGUAUAGAGAUGCAGGCUAUGGUGACAACUGGCAGCCAACACCAAAUAAUAAUGCAAGACGUAUUGAUCCUUACAGUCGAUCAUGUGCUCUUCUAGGUUGUUUUUUUGCUGUUGGUUUUAUACUUAUUAUUAUUGUCGUUCUCUCACUAAUUCCAGUUUAUAUUUCUCGUAAUUCAUCUGUGAAGAAGAGUUAUGUACAAGUACCAAAAGUCUACGUAAAUGGUUAUACAUUACGAUUUCUUUCUCCAUCGAAUAGUUUUAAUAUAGAAGCAAUUCUUUCCCGAUCGAAUAAUCUUGAAGCAUUACAAGCUUCGCUUACAUCAAUGAUUCAAAGUGAUCCUACACUAUCUGGUUCGAUUAUAGAAAUUACGAAAUCUUCGUUAUCUUCGAAACGAAAACGUCGACAGUUAUCGAAUUCAUAUGAAAUUGUUGUUGAUUUAAAUAUAACGAGUGGUAAACCUUGUACAUCAUUAGCAUGUUUAAAUCAAUUUCAAACACAUUCUACGAACCAAUUAUGUGAUGAAAAUCGAACAACGCCUACAGUUCGUUUUGAACAACUAAAUACAAAUAACGAUGGAUUACGAUCUUCAUCGUCGCCAGAUAUUUAUUGGUUAAAUCUUCGAUUACCGCAUAUGAUAAAAUCCAAUGUUGGAUUUGUAAAUGUUGAUCUCAAAAUCGUAUCAUCAUCAUUGGAAAAAUUAAUAACUUUAGAUAAAAAUUUAAAUCACCCGUCAAAUACUGACAUAAUAACAUCAACCACUGAUAUAAUAACAUCAACCACUGAUAGAUUAACAUCAACUGCUGAUAUGUUAACAUCAACUACUGAUACAAUAACAUCAACAUCACAUCUUACGGGUUAA